AAUUCCUGUAAACUGUAUUGAAACAGCUAAGAACACAACCAAAAGUUUUCAUUAACACCAAAUAUAAAUCAUACUAAAUUAAUUACCUUUUAAUUUAUAGCCAUAAAAUAAAACCAAACCAUUUAUCAUUGGUCAACGAAGUUUGACGACAAAGAUUUGAAUCUUCAACCCCUUUAUAUACUUUUCCUCAUUCACAUACCAUGUAAACGUAAAAUCGUUGUUUUCAAGGCCAAGGUAUUAAGCCUUGAAUUUUUCAUGAAAAUUUCUCUUCUUUUUUCUCUUUAAUUUCGCUUUUUUUUUUCCUUUUUUUUUUAAAUUUUAAUUUUUUUUUUCAAAUCUGAGUUGGGAAAGGAAGGGAGAACAUCAACGCGAGCUUUCCAUUUUUCAUUCAAGAAAAGGAAAGCUCGUUUUUUUUUUUUUUUUAAAUUUUUAAAAGAAAAUUCAAAUCAAAAGAUGGUGACGUUGUUUUCGAUCCAAUUCCAUGAACCUUCAUUAACGCUGUUGUUGUUGUUGUUGCUCGUCGUUGUUCCUUUCUCUUCGUCUUUAACCGUCGGGUCGCAACGGAAUUUCACGACGAUGGCCAUCCUAUUACCUUCCGAGUCGGCCGACGCAUGUGGCAGUUCGCCCCGUCCUUAUUCAUGUCCCGUCAAUUGCUUUAGAACCGAUCCCGUUUGCGGUGACGACGGAGUUACCUAUUGGUGUGGAUGCGCCGAUGCUCAUUGCUCCGGUGCCAAGGUUGCCAAGAUAGGAUUCUGCAAUGUCGGUAAUAAUGGCGGAACUGGAUCUUUCCCUGGUCAGGCUUUACUUUUGUUGCAUAUAGUUUGGCUCAUUGUUCUAGGCUUCUCUGUUUUCUUUGGCCUAAUCUGAUUCUCUCCUCUCUUUUUCUUUUUUUUUUCAUUUUCUUUAUAAGAACGAAGAUUUUAAUUGAACUUUUUUUAGUCACCAUUGAUCUCAGUGAAAA